AACGCCCCAUCAGAAUGAUGAAAUUGCAGUUAAGUCCCAUGAAAUCAUAGACCAACACAAUCGUAAAAUGUUAUUUUGGCCCUCUCGAAACUUUAUAAUUCAAUUUUAGUCCUCAAAGUUAGUCCAAUGCAUGUCCAACUAUAUAUUUAAGCUCCCCACCCCCACUAUAAUUCUCUAAUACCAAACAUAUUUAUCCCACAUAACUUCAUUGAUGGAGCUUAGAGAAGACCAUCCAGCACCAGAUGAAGGAACUUCAGAACAGUACUGCCAAGAACAUCAAACUCCAAGGAAGAGAAAGAACAGCAGCAGCAGCAACAACAACAGCAGCAAGAUGAUGAUGAAGAACAAGAAGAGGUUUACGGAUGAACAAAUAAGGUUGCUCGAGUCGAUUUUCGAGUCGGAGACGAGGUUAGAACCGAGGAAAAAGUUGCAGGUGGCGAGGGAGUUGGGUCUACAGCCACGGCAGGUGGCCAUAUGGUUUCAGAACAGGCGAGCGAGGUUGAAGUCUAAACAGAUUGAGAAAGAUUACAACAAGUUAAGAGACAAGUACGAUAAUCUGGUGUCCAGGUUCGAGUCCUUGAAGGACGAAAAACAGUCUUUAGUUUCCCAGUUGGAGAAGCUAAGUGAAAUGGUGGCCGAAACCCAUGAUGGAAACAAGGUGGGUCUUGAAGCUGAAGCCGAUCAGCCUAUUCUCCAACAGGCAGCAAUGGAAGAAAACGAUGGGUUCUUUGGCUUGGAACAAUUUAUGAACAUGGAUGAACUCAGAUCAUUCCCGGUUUCGCCUGACGAUACUCGUUUGCAGUGGUUGAACUUCUGGACUUGAGAAAGCCUUUUGUGCCAUUACAGUCGAUAAACACCCGAGGGAAAUGGCCAUUGCAUGCCAUGAUCUUCAUGUCACAAGCAAGGUUUGGCCAACUUUUUACUGUUCAUAUUCCAAUAGAAUUUGAUUUGCAUGAUGUUAAGAAAGGCUGCAAUGGGCUGUUUCUAGUUGUAAACCAUAGAUUCCUCUUUUUUUUUUUUUCUAUUUUCCUUUUUAGUUAUGGUAUUAAUAGAUGAAUAUAUGGUUACUUUAAAAUAA